CGCAACAAAAAAUCAAAAAGGAAAAUAAAUGUAAUCAUGUCAACGCUAGCUGCUAGCUAGGCUUUUUCUUUCUUUAAAAACUGAAGAAAUAAAAAAGGUCUUGUGAUCAGCUGAGUGCAACCUCUUCCCUUUGUUAUCUAGCCUUUCAUCUGUUUACAUUUCAUUUAGUGAGUUUCUCUAGGCUACAAAAUGGAUAGCAUCAUCUAUAUGGAUCCUGUCUUGUACAAGGCUGCAGAAGCAGGCAAUAUCGGUCCCUUCGAGAAUUAUCAAACCUGCCUUGAUCAGCUAUUGACUCCAGACGAGAACACCAUUCUUCAUGUCUACUUAACAAACCAAAGCAGUAAAACCGUACCCACUGAUUUUGUUGAUAGAAUUCUUGAAAGGUGUCCACCUCUGUUAUUCCAAGCCAAUAAGAGAGGAGAAACCCCCCUCCAUUUGGCAGCAGCAUAUGGUCAUUCCAACGUGGUAAGCGUCCUCAUUGACCAUGCAAAAGCUCUACCUGCAGAUCCGGAGAGCAGAGUAACGGAAGCUAAAAUGAUGUUGAGGAUGAAGAAUGAAGAGAAAGAUACAGCGUUGCAUGUGGCAGCUCGAAAUAUCCAAGCCCAAGUGGUGGAAAUAUUGACAAAAGAGGACCCUGAGUUUUCAUAUUCCGCCAAUGUUCAUGGAGAAACUCCACUUUAUAUUGCUGCUUCCAUUAUGCCGAGGUGGAGCGAAUUAGAACGAGGAAAGGUGAUCGAUGAAAUCCUAACUAAUUGCAUUUCAGUGGACUAUGGCGGCCCUAAGGGUAGAACUGCUCUACAUGCGGCAAGCAGGCUGGGAGAUCAUGGGACAGCAAGAAAAUUACUAGAAAAAGAAAAAGAAAACACGUUGGCGAAAACAACCGAUGAGAACGGCUGGUCACCACUUCACUACGCUGCCUAUUUCUCUACUUGGUUAAAUAUUUCAGUUGUGAAAGUAUUACUAAAAUAUGAUGCGUCCGCAGCCUACAUUGCUGAAACAGAGAAGAAGAGAACAGCUCUUCACAUUGCUGCCAUUCGAGGACUUGUAGACGUAAUGAAAGAGAUUGUUUCUCGAUGUCCAGCUUGUUGUGAGCUAGUUGAUAACAGAGGUUGGAAUGCCCUUCACUAUGCUGUGGCAAGUAAGGAUAUAGAAGCGUUCGAGAAAUAUCUGGAUAUUCCAGGGCUUGCAAGACUUGUAACGAAGAAGGAUGACAAAGGAAACACGCCCUUCCAUCUAAUUGCUGCUUUAGCGCACCAGCAGAAGCAAUGGAGAGUUAUGUUAGAUGAAUAUGGUUAUGGUAAAAGGGAGAUAUAUGGUCUUAAUAAGCAACAGCUAAGCGUCGACGACAUUUAUAAAGGAAAUUUUGGAGAGAUACAGAAAGAGAUCUUAGAAUCUCUUAAAGAUGUUGGUAGUGGACCGAUUGGACGCGGUCCCUUUUUUCUGAAAGGAGAUGAUGAGGAAAACAAAGAGGAAAAGGAUGCUAUGAGUAAAGCAAGAGAGUCUCAUCUAGUAGUUGCGGCGCUGAUAGCAACGGUAACAUUUGCAGCAGCAUUCACCCUACCUGGCGGUUACAAGAGCGACCGAGGCACUGCGAUUCUAGCUAAAAAAGCUGCUUUUAUAGUAUUUGUCGUCUCAGAUUCAAUGUCAAUGAUGCUCUCUGUUUCCGCUGUCUUUAUCCACGUUUUGAUUUCAGUGAUUCAUGGUUUAGAAUGGGUCAAGCAUAAAGAGAUAGAUGAGGAAGCCGCUAUGAAAUUAUUUGGGGUUGCCACGUGGUUGACCAUGAUUGGCAUGGGCACAAUGAUUAUUGCAUUCAUCACGGGUAUAUAUGCGGUUCUAGAGCCUUCCUUGGUGCUUGCCAUCAGCACUUGUCUCCUUGGUCUGAGCUUCUUUUUCCUUGUGUAUUUAGUGUUGAGGUUUAUUCUCAAGCAUCUAAAAUAUUAUAUAUACUAGUGAAACAAUCAAUGCAAAUUUCCUAUCAAAUAAAACAAUCAAUGUAUUAUUUAAAACAUUCUUAUUGUUUUUGAAAAACAUUUGUGACGUCAUAUGUUCCGAAA